UUUAAAUUAACAAAAACACUUAAAAUUAAACAAUAGAUAAGACCACGUCAGUGCGUGUGAAUUUUCGUCAAAGCCCACCGCCCUUGUAAACAAACACCAUAAAAUGUUGCCGAGUAAAAAAUCAGCACAGAUUAUGUGCACUUUGUUGUUCACUUUCACAACAACAAGUCUAUGGGCAAGUUCAUUAGCUGACGUACCACGUCCCCGUGGUGUGUCUUUGUCAAAAGCAACACUGUACAAACCGCGUUCGGAUGAUAGCUGGCUUUGUUUGGACGGUAGUAAAACGCUGAAGUUUGUCCAAAUAAAUGAUGAUUACUGUGAUUGUGCCGAUGGCAGUGAUGAGCCCGGAACAGCGGCCUGUGCAGAGGGUACAUUCCAUUGUGCAAACAGAGGACAUCGACCUCAAGAUGUGCCUAGUUCCAGGGUAAACGAUGGCAUAUGCGAUUGUUGUGAUGGCAGUGAUGAGUAUUUGGCAGAGGGCAUGUGUGCCAAUACUUGCAUAGAGUUGGGUAAAGUUGAGCAAGAGCAACGUAAGUCCCAGGCGGAAAUAUAUAAAAAAGGAGCAGCUAAACGUACAGAAAUGGUAGAGCGUGGUAAACAACUUAAAGCUGAGAGAGAAAAACGCCGCACCGAAUUGGAUGCACGUCGUCAGGAACAGGAAUCCCUAAAGGCUGAAAAAGAGCUAUUAAAGAAACAGGCCGAAGCAGCCGAAACGGAAGCCAUUAAUUUCUUUAAAGAGCAACAAAAAGAAAUGGAUGAUGUAGCAGCAGCUAAUGCGCCUAUAGUUGAUGAUUCCUUCCGCACGGAAGCCACUGCCAGUUUUAUGCGUUACGAUUUAAAUAAAGACGGCUAUAUUGAAAUAUCUGAACUCCAACAGGAUUUGCAAUUGGAUCGUGAUCGUAAUGGCGUUAUAUCGGAAGAGGAAGCCAGAUACUUUUUAGAUGAACGCGAGCGUAUUGAUUUAGAGGCGUUUAUAACAUUGUCUUGGCCGCGUAUUAAAACUAUGCAGAUGAUAGCUCAAGGACUAUUCACUCCUCCAGAGGGUGAAGAACACAACGAUGAGGUGUCUGAGUUGCUUAAUGAAGAACAGAGAGGUGAUCAAAAGGCAGAAGAAGAUCAUGUACAAGAUCAACAAUUUGAAGGAGAUGAAGAAGAGGAAGAAGAAGAAGUUUAUGAAGACGAAGACAUUGGCGCCGGCUCUGUAGAAGCUGAAAAGAGCCCUGAAGUCGAAUAUGAUCCCGAUACUCAACACUUUAUUAACAUGGCAAAUGAGGCACGCAAUGCUCUGUCUGAGAUUGAAAGAGCUGUACGUGAAAUUGAACAUGAAAUUAAAGAAAUUGAUGAUCAAAAUGCCAAAGAUUAUGGGCCAAACGAUGAAUAUGCCACACUUGAAGGUGAAUGUUACAAUUUUGAAGAACGCGAAUACGUUUAUAAACUAUGUCCAUUCGAAAGAGCUUCACAACAGCCACGCAGUGGUGGUUCCGAAAUAACACUAGGUCGAUGGGAUCAAUGGUUGCACGAAGGCGAAAAUAAAUAUGGCAAACAGAAGUAUGCCCAUGGCGCUUCAUGCUGGAAUGGACCACAACGUUCUGUUGUCGUAGUAUUGAAAUGUGCUUUAGAUUCAAGAAUUACUGGUGUCAGUGAACCAAAUCGCUGCGAAUACUAUUUCGAUUUCGAAACACCAGCUGCCUGCGAUGAAGAAGCUUUCGCUGCGGCCGAACAACGUUUCAAAGAUGAAUUGUAAAUGGUAUUAAGAGGCCAAACAACCGCCGAGAGUAACCAAACAAAAUGCAGUUACAGUAACGACAAGAAUUUAAAAUGUUCUUUAAGAAUCUUAAAGUUUAUCAGAUAAACAUCAACAUUCAACAUUUCUCUGUAGGAUCACAUUCUGUAUUUUGUUUACAACUAUACAACUUUUGAAUUAUUAUUAAUUUUUUUCAACAUUUGUAUAUGUAUGUCGUCUUUACUUAAAAGUAGUUUCAAUUUUAUUUAAUUUGUAAUCAUUCCUUUUUUUGAAAUUUACUUGUAAAGUUUUAAUAAAAAAAUUAAAAAAAAACGUAAUUGAUUUGUUAUUAUUUUUGUAAGUAAAAA